UAGGUCAUUGUGUUUUUCUCGUCGGGGCAGAGAACGUGCAGCUGUACAGGGCAGAGAGAGAGGGACCAACCCAGGGUGUAUUUUUAAAUUCUAUCGUUUCCAGUUUAGAGUUACCGGAGUUAGCAUAAUGGCCGAUAAGAUGGAUAUGUCUCUAGACGACAUUAUCAAGCAGAACAGGCAGCAAAGAGGAGGAGGAGGAGGCCGCGGCGGCGGAAGAGGCCGAGGCCGCGGAGGCUCCGGCGGCGGCCGAGGAGGCGCUGGACGCGUUGGAAUGAGCGGCGGCGGAGGAGGAUUUGGAGGCCGAGGCGGUGGAUCCGGCCCCAUGAGGAGCCGACAGAACCUGAGCCGCGCUAGAGGCAGACCAACGCCUUACAACAGGCCUAAACAGCUUCCAGAUAAGUGGCAGCACGACAUGUUCGACAAUGGCUUCAGCGGCUUCAAUGGUGCUGCUGGAGGUGGCGGCGGAGCUGGAGUGGAAACUGGAGGGAAGCUCCUCGUCUCCAAUCUCGACUUUGGCGUCUCAGAUGCAGACAUCCAGGAACUCUUUGCUGAAUUUGGAACUCUGAAAAAGGCUGCGGUUCAUUAUGAUCGAUCGGGGAGAAGUCUGGGAACGGCAGAUGUCCAUUUUGAAAGGAGGGCGGACGCACUCAAGGCCAUGAAACAGUACAAUGGCAUCCCGCUCGAUGGACGGCCUAUGAACAUCCAACUCGUCACAUCACAGAUCGACACACAGAGACGACCUGUCCAGGGUCUGAGCAGAGGAGGCGGCGGUGGCAUGAACAGAAAUCGAGGGGGCAGCUUCGGGGGCAUGCAGAGAGGUCGGGGAGGACGUGGUGCAGGUGGUGCCAGAGGAAGGGGCCGAGGAGGACGUGGUGGCAACACUAAGCAGCAGCUGUCAGCAGAGGAACUCGAUGCCCAAUUAGACGCCUACAAUGCCAGGAUGGACACCAGCUAAAAAGAAGUUACCCUGUUUCCCUUCCUGUCUGCACAGAAGGGUGCUUGUCAAAAAUGUGCAGAAUAUUUUACACUUGUCUUCUGGUGUGAUUGAAAUUGUUGUUGCAACUCCUCCUUUUAAAUGCUCUGUGUUUUUUACCAGUUGUUUUUUUUUUCUUCUCCAUGAACAUGGUUUUGGUUGUAGGCUAAUGUGAAUUGGGGUUCCCAGUUCUUUCCUCUUCUCUGUAGUUACUGAGACUUGUAAUAAAACCUGCAGUGCUUAUUGACCAAA